UUUGCAAAGGCAAGAGCAACAUUUUUUAGUGCCAUGAAUCCCCAAGGUUCAGAGCAGGAUGUUGAGUAUUCAGUGGUGCAGCAUGCAGAUGGGGAAAAGUCAAAUGUACUCCGCAAGCUGCUGAAGAGGGCGAACUCAUAUGAAGAUGCCAUGAUGCCUUUUCCAGGAGCAACCAUAAUUUCCCAGCUGUUGAAAAAUAACAUGAACAAAAAUGGUGGCACAGAGCCCAGUUUCCAAGCCAGCGGUCUCUCUAGUACAGGCUCAGAAGUACAUCAGGAGGAUGUAUGCAGCAACUCUUCAAGAGACAGCCCCCAAGAGUGUCUUUCCCCUUUUGGCAGGCCUGCUAUGAGCCAGUUUGAUAUGGAUCGGUUAUGUGAUGAGCACCUGAGAGCUAAGCGCGCCCGGGUUGAGAAUAUAAUUCGGGGUAUGAGCCAUUCCCCAAGUGUGGCAUUAAGGGGCAAUGAAAAUGAAAGAGAGAUGGCUCCACAGUCUGUAAGUCCCCGAGAAAGCUACAGAGAAAACAAACGCAAGCAAAAGCUGCCUCAACAGCAGCAACAGAGUUUCCAGCAGCUGGUUUCAGCUCGAAAAGAACAGAAGCGAGAGGAGCGCAGACAGCUGAAACAGCAGCUGGAGGACAUGCAGAAACAGCUGCGCCAGCUGCAGGAAAAGUUCUACCAAAUCUAUGACAGCACUGAUUCCGAAAAUGAUGAAGAUGGUAACCUGUCUGAAGACAGCAUGCGUUCAGAAAUCAUGGAUGCUAGAGCAAGGGAUUCUGUUGGCAGGUCAGAUAAUGAAAUGUGUGAGUUAGACCCAGGGCAGUUCAUUGAUCGUGCAAGAGCCCUGAUCAGGGAACAAGAAAUAGCCGAAAAUAAGCCGAAAAGAGAAGGUCCUAAGGAAAAAGAACACAGGCCAAACGCUUUCCAUCCAGAAGGCAAACAUUUGGCUGAGACCUUGAAACAGGAACUGAACACUGCCAUGUCACAAGUUGUGGACACAGUGGUUAAAGUUUUCUCAUCCAAGCCCUCCCGCCAGCUUCCUCAGGUCUUUCCACCUCUUCAAAUCCCUCAAGCAAGAUUUGCAGUUAAUGGGGAAAACCACAACUUCCAUACCACAAACCAGCGCCUGCAGUGCUUCGGUGAUGUCAUCAUUCCAAACCCACUAGAUACAUUCAGCAAUGUGCAGAUGCCUAAUUCCACAGACCAAACAGAAGCACUGCCCCUUGUAGUUCGCAAAAACUCAUCUGACCAAUCUGCAUCAGCCCCACCGCCUGGUGGCCAUCACGCUUCUCUGCAUCAGUCUCCACUCUCAGCUACCACGGGCUUCACCACAUCUUCUUUCCGCCAUCCCUUUCCGCUUCCCCUCAUGGCAUACCCAUUUCAGAAUCCCUUAGGUGCUCCAUCUGCCUCCUUUCCAGGGAAAGAUAGAGCCUCCCCAGAAUCCUUAGACUUAACUAGGGAGACCACGAGUCUGAGGACCAAGAUGUCGUCGCACCAUAUGAAUCACCAUCCUUGUUCACCAGCACACCCUCCCAGCACAGCUGAAGGUCUCUCUUUGUCUCUCAUAAAGUCUGAGUGUGGUGACCUACAAGAUAUGUCUGAAAUCUCACCUUACUCGGGAAGUGCAAUGCAGGAAGGUCUGUCACCCAAUCACUUGAAAAAGGCUAAGCUCAUGUUCUUUUACACCCGGUACCCAAGUUCCAAUAUGCUGAAAACCUACUUCUCAGAUGUAAAGUUCAACAGAUGCAUUACCUCUCAGCUCAUCAAGUGGUUUAGCAAUUUCCGUGAGUUUUACUACAUUCAGAUGGAGAAGUAUGCGCGUCAGGCCAUCAACGAUGGGGUCACAAGUACUGAAGAUCUGUCUAUAACCAGAGACUGCGAGCUAUACAGGGCUCUGAACAUGCACUACAAUAAAGCAAAUGACUUUGAGCAGGUUCCAGAGAGAUUCCUGGAAGUGGCUCAGAUCACGUUACGAGAGUUUUUCAAUGCCAUUAUCGCAGGCAAAGAUGUUGAUCCUUCCUGGAAGAAGGCCAUAUACAAGGUCAUCUGUAAGCUGGACAGUGAGGUCCCUGAGAUUUUCAAAUCCCCAAACUGCCUACAAGAGCUUCUUCAUGAGUAGAGAUUUCAAAAACUAUUUAUGAAUGUAUGAGAAGUAGCAGUCCCCUUUUGAUGCCCAAGUUGUGUGUAUCUUUAUUUUAAUUUCCUAUAUAGGUAUAUCAUAUACAUAUAUGUGUGUAUGAAAUCAGACUAUAGGGGGCUUUUUUUUUUGGUCAGUUACAAGGGGGAAUAGUUAUUUUACUUCACCCUUCAGUUUACUUUUGCCCAAGACCCUUAACAUUUGGAGAAUAAAUGGGGUUAAUUUUCAGGGAGAAGAAUUUUGAAGUGUGUAAAAGCCUGUCUUAGCAAGUUAGGGCAUUAUGUUUUAAAAUGCUUUGUCAGAUUUAUUGCUUGCUGCAAAGUGGCAUUUUGUCUGAGUGAGACUCAUGUCACGGCACAAUAUUACAAACAAUGAAGUUUAUAUUAUGUUUAUACUGCUAAAGGUCUGAACUCUGUGAAGUUACUUCAUAAGCUUAGAGCAUUAUUUUAUUUUAUUUUACUUUGCUUUUUAACAAAUAAGGUAGAUUUUGUUUCAUAUUUUUAAAAACUACAAACAUCCAUUUUAGGUUCUCACUCCAAAAAGUGAUACCCCAAAAAGGCAAACCCUAUUCUUCAAGCUUUCCCUUACACGAAUAACAUGUACCCUGCCCCAGUAAUUAACAUGCCAGGUAAUUUUUUUUUUAUUGAGGCAAAGCAAUUUUGCACAAAACAGAUACUAUUCUUGCAGGGGGAAGCCAGUAAUUCAUGCACAAUAUUGUAUCAACCACACUAAUUUUAUAAUAUGGUCAGCUUACUUAACCGGAAGCAUUUCACUCUCCAUAAAGUAAAAACAAAACCUUUCAUCGUGCUAUAUUGCUGUGUGUUGGUCAUAUUUUAAUUGGCUCUUAGCUCUUGAAAUUUAUUCUUUACUCAGUUUUUUUUUCCAGGCAUAAAAAGAUUGCUGCCUAUAUUUGAUAGUUAGUAUUUUGCCCUGAAAAGCAAUUUUUUGAAUUACCUUUAUAUAGCAAAAGAAAGCAUUUUAGCCCAAAAGCUCCGAGGCAAAAAGGCCCUUUGUUUGUAGCUGUAAAAUAUAAUCAAUCUUUACGUAGUCACAAUCAUAAAAAUAACAUUUUUAUAAAAAUCCAGUAAACCACACACAAAAUUUACAGUAGUGUACUGUUGACUAUGCAGAGUUAAGAUGGCCAAAUUUAAUUUUUGCAUUACUGGUAAGUGCGUCAUCAAAAACAAAUCUAUCUGAUCAGAGUGCCACAUUUGCGUUCUAAAGCAGAAGAUGGUAUUGACCAAAAUAUGAGUACAGUGUAAAGUAUAUGAAAGUUUUGGAUUCAUCUGAAUGAUAUGUCACAAUAUGUGAACAUAAUGCAAGAAAGCUAGCUGCUAGUUUUUAUGCUUUCUUCAGUGGUUCUCCUUUUUAUUUUCACAUUUUCAAAAAGGUAUAGUGUCCAAUAGUUUGGGGUUGUUGGUUUUUUUAAAGAUUCAAUGGCACUAUGUAUUUGUUAUUUUCUCUGUCAUCUUUUGCACAGAUGCAGUAAGAAUUUAGUGUUAUUUUGAAUUGUAUUUUCCCCUUAGGUAAUUUGAUACAAAUCUAGAGAAAGUUACAGAAUAGCCAGUAAUAUUUAGGCCAUCUAGGACAUCAAUAUUUUAUUUCUUUAACUUUAUUUUAAAAUUGCAUUUUGACUUUGGAGAGUGAAAGUUUACCCAUGUGACUAAAGAGCUGACCUGAUCAUUGCAAUUUCACUUCAUUUACAAAUACUGCUGAUAGACAGAAAUGUAUGAAAGCAAUUAUUGUCAGCACAAAGCCUUAAAAACCUGCUGACUUCAAAUUAAACAGCACAAUCCUGCGAUGCCCUGUCAUUAUUUUCAAGUACUGGCAGUAUCUGUGGAGUAUAGGCAAUGCAGACAAUAGCAUGGGAUGAAGUGCCAACAUUUUCACUAUGCAUUAAAAGCAAAACAAAUCUUCUUGAUCUUAAACUCCCUGUGAGUACCUAAUACUGUAGGCAUCCAUAGAGUAGACAGCAUGUGUCAUUCUUUUAUUUUGUGCAUGAUUUGGUAACUAUUACACUUCGUAAAGAUGUAAAUCCAAUCAGUUCCAAGUAAGAAAGAAGGAAAAUUGUGUUCAUGCACUUUUUUUUUUCUUUUUUAUUGUUAUGGGAGGAAGGGGCAUAAAAUGCUCAAGUUCUAAUACGAUUAGUUCUUCACUGGCAACCCAUUAAAUACAAAAUAUAACACUGCAUUGCCUCCUUGGACAUAAUAAAGUAAAGCCAUACUUUAAUCAUACUACAUGGACAUAUUACUAAAUACCGUCUCGAUCUGUGAUAUAACCAUUACUUUUAUUAUAUUAUAUUCUUCUUAUUAUUAUAUUAUUUGGCCUCAAUGUGAUUCUAAUAAUCUAAAUAAGUGAAACUGUGUACUCAACACUAGAUGUUGUUGCAUUUAUUUAUUUAUUUAUAAAUAGCAUAAUCUCAAUAGUAAAUGAGGCAUAGGAAUUAAGAAUAGAAAUUUCAUUUUAAAGAGAGAGAAAAAUCAGUUUUUUGACCUGGAAAAAAAAAUUGGAUCAUUGCAGUUAUGGUGAUUUUACUGCAUUAUAGCCAUAUUGCCUUUGUGCCUCCCAAUGCAUUAAAAAAUAUAAAGAUAAAUAUACGGCAUAACUCUUACUAAAUUGUAAAUAGAAAUCAGAAUCUAUCAAACAAUCUCAAUACUGUUUACUUAAAAACAAUGGCUAAAAGGCAGGAGGCUACUUUUAUUGUAACGAAAAAAGUUUACGUAGGGAAAGAAUUUAAAAAUCCAUGUAGAAAUCCCAUGUUGCCAUUCAUUUACUGCUAAUUCAGAUUUAUUUCUGCAUAUAAACUUGAGGUUGUAGUCUGUGCCUAGACCUUAAAUGCACCAGCGGAAGGAUUAAAAAAAUCCUUCAAAAUACCAGUUUUUUCCCCACAAGUACAAUUGUUCUUGUGCCUUCUGUGGCUUACAAUUUUCAUCUUUUAAACAUUUUUUUUUCAAUUACUACAGCUGCAAUAAACACUAGAUUUUUUUUUCCGGCUGUUUGACAUAAUGUUGAUAGCUAUGCAUAUUUUGUGUCUUUUUAAAAAAUUUAAAAAAACAAAACAAAACAAAGCAGGAGAAUACGUUUUUGAAGAAGAGAAUUUUUAGAACAGUUUGAUAAUGCAAAUUAUUUUUUUCUCAAUUGUUUGAGCAGCAUUCAAGUUUUGAAAAUUCUUGUAGAAGCCAAUUUUUUGUAACUGUGGUGCAAAUCUUGUGUUUUCUUAGCAUAUUGAAAAGUAGUAUAGAAGCAAUAUUUCAUACGCAAUAUCUAUGUGUAUACAUAUACACACACAUAUACAUACAUGUAGACAUUACAUAGAUAUGUUUUUAUGUAUAUACACACAUAAAAUAUGCGUAUGAAGUGAAAAGCUUACCUUUUUCCUAUCUAGAUUAAGAACCUAUUUUAGACAUUUGUUAUGUUUUGUGAAAAGAAUGUUCUAUUUGAAAUUACAAAACAUUUAAUUCUUACUGUAUCUCUGGUUGUUUAAUGGGAACGUUUCACACUAAAUGGUAAACAUGUGGAAGAUGUUAGAAUGUAGUAAUUAUUUAAGGAAGUGUUCACCCAUGUAUUCCUGAGGUUUGCUUUGUGCCUCUGAGUAUUAUUUAAUUAAAAGUGUUUUAAGUUUGCAGAAUCUUUGUUACUGUACCAGGUAUGUGGGUGAACAUGGAAAACUGAGGGGAACUUUUAUAAAGCAAUGUAAAUAUUCAAUCUUAUGGUUGUUCUUGCAUAAAGACAUAAGAUUUUAAUAACUACAUUCUGAAAACAUCUGCUGAAAUUUAUAAGAAACACUACAGUAACUGUAUAGAUAUAAAGCAUUCUUGAAAAUCCAGCUCUCUGCUUUUAAAUGAUAAGUCUCUUUCAUCAGAUGUCAAGGGCAUAGGUGAUACAGUUUCUGUACAAUUACACAAUUUUUUUCUAUGUACAUGAAGUCAUUUAAUAGCAAAAUGUUUUUUCCACAGGUUAAUAUUAACUAAGAAAUAAGGGUGAAGAUUUUGUGGCUUUAAAGAUAGGAUUUUCACCAGCAGCAUUGAAAGAGAUAUAUAUAUAUCUAUCUAUAGAUAGAUAGAUAUAUAGAAAAAAAUGGAAAGUGGUUUACAAAACCCCCAAAAUGAGCACUGUACAUGAGAAGUGAAAGCAAAAACUAUAUUUGCCAUGUGUAUUAUAUAGACAUCAUUGGUGUUAAUAGUGCAAAUGUUUCCUUCUGGUACCAACUAUGUGUUUGAAAAUUCCAAUAAGCAUUGUUUUCAAAAAGCUCCCCUUAAGGAAUGUAACUGGUUUAUAUGAGUAAGCAGUUACUGUAUUGCACUUAAAUGUUCUGUUGAAGGAAAUGCAAUUUUGUUUUCUGUAGAACUGUUGGUUGUAAACCAUCUAUAAACUGAAGCUGAAAAUGCUCAUAUUUAGAGCUGGGAUGAAAACUGGUAUUUAACCUUUGCAUCUUCUUAGGAAUAUCUUUUUUAAUGUCUGAAAGGUGGUGGCAUUGUGACUUUUUAGUCUCUUCAUCUGAGCCACAAUCACCUCUCUUCCCUAAGCAGCCACCUUCAAAAAUGCACAAUUGUACUAGGAUAUGUAGAAGCAAAUCUAGAAGAAACAACAAGUUUAUAUUUUACCUAAAACCCAAUCCUUGCUGAAAAUUUUAAAAUGCAUUAAAGUACUGCUCAAGUGGGGAAAAACCCAACAACAAAUACUAUAACAAGAAUUUGUUAUUUUCAUGUAAUAUGAAAUCAGGAGUCAGAAAAAUGCAUCUUAAGUUGGUUUUACUGCUGCCCAGAAGAGUCAAAGGUUAAGGUUUAAACUGAUAUUGUCCCAGCCAUUACUCAUAUGUAUAUAGUUACAAAAGUGACAAAACACUGCCUUUAUAUUAUUUAGCAAUAUGUUGUAAAUAGCAUUAUUAAGCUCUUUUUUGUAAUAAAGACCCUUUAAUUUGAAGAUAGAACAAUAACUGAACUGAUAAAGUCAAUUUUUGUUUUUUUUUUAUUUUAUUUUUUAGCUAGAGGCAAUUUCAACUGUGGAUUUUUUGUUGUUGUUGUCUAUUGUUCUGAAGACUUUGCAUAAUUUAUUGGUUUAAUUUAUCCUAAUUUAUUUGAUGAAGGUGUACAAUUUUGUAUUACCAAGGAUGUACUGUAAUAAUAAUUGAUAAUAUGAUAAAAACAAUAAGACUCCCCUGUCCAUAUGGAAAAAAAAGUGCAGUAGACAAUUGACUGAAAAAAAGUUACAAUUCUAGCUUGGCAGCUACUAAAUUAAAAAGAAAAGAAACAGGAAAAAAAUUGGGGGGGGGGAUUUUAUUUUGUGUGUUUUAAGCUUUUGUAUACUCUCCAGACUUUUACCUUUUUGCUUUGUACCACUUAAAGGAUACAGUAGUUCAAUUGCCUUGUGUGCCUUCCAUCUUCUCUAAACUGAAUGUAUGUGCAGUAUAUAUGCAAGCUUGUGCAAAAUAAAAUAUAAAUUACAAGCUCA